CCUGGUCAGGAUGAGCUGGAGUUUCCUGACACAGCUCUUGGAGGAGAUCAACAACCACUCGACCUUCGUGGGCAAGAUCUGGCUGACUGUCCUCAUUGUCUUCCGCAUCGUGCUGACGGCUGUGGGGGGCGAGUCCAUCUACUAUGACGAGCAGAGCAAGUUUGUCUGCAACACGCAGCAGCCGGGCUGCGAGAAUGUCUGCUAUGAUGCCUUUGCCCCGCUCUCCCACGUCCGCUUCUGGAUUUUCCAGAUCAUCAUGGUGGCCACGCCAUCGGUGCUGUACCUGGGCUUUGCCAUGCAUCGCAUCGCCCACAUGCCUGAGUCCUUGCGGCGCCGGGCACCGGCAGCCCGGCAGGCACGCAUGCCAGUGGUGCGCCGGGGAGCUGGGCGGGACUACGAGGAGGCAGAGGAUGAUAACGAAGAAGACCCUAUGAUCUUUGAGGAGAUUGAGGUGGAGAAGGAGAAGAGUCCGGAAGGUGGAGAGAAGCAUGAUGGCCGGCGCCGCAUCAAGCAGGACGGGCUGAUGCGUGCUUAUGUCCUACACUUGCUAUGCCGCUCGCUGCUGGAGCUGGCUUUCCUCUUUGGGCAGUCCCUGCUGUACCGCUUCGAGGUUUCUCCCCAUUAUCUCUGCUCUGGGCCUGUGCCCCCUUCCCCCUCUCCCAUUUCACCCCCUUUUCCUCCUUCCACCCCCAUUUCCUGCAGCAUGUUCCCCUCACACCCUGUGCCCUCCCUUGCCUGCUGCCAGCUGGGUUGUGCCUGUCAGGCCAUGCUGGCAAUGCUGGUAUUGACCCCACAGUGUGGGGGCUUAGGGGACUGA